CCGGUCGUCUUCCUCAUAGCCCUACCAGAACCUGCAAACCCUAACUACAAUGACCACUCAAAUUCCCGUCAUUGAUUUCUCAGACUUGGAGCAGAAAGCUUCAUGGCAAUCGAUAAAGAGCCAAGUGAAGAAAGCCUUGGAGGAAUACGGCUUCUUCGAGGCGAAGUUUGAGCAGAGUCCUCUCCAUGUCCGACAAUCGGCGUUCGAAAAAGUCCAGGAAGUCUUCAAUCUCCCGAUCGAAACAAAACGGCUUAACAAUUUCAAAAAUCCUGGCCGCGGCUUCUUAGGGCGAGAACCGAGGAUUCCGAUGUACGAAAGCUUGGGAAUCGACAACGCCAUCUCUCCCGGAAGCAUCGAGAGCUUCACCAAUCUAAUGUGGCCUCAAGGAAACCCUAAUUUCAGUGAGGUUGUGAGUUCGUAUUUGAGGAAAAUGGCGGAAUUGGACCAAAUUGUGAGGAAGAUGAUCCACGAAUGCUUUGGUCUAGAAAAACACCUAAACAACCACAUGAACUCGACGGAAUAUUCCCUGAGAUUCCACAUGUAUGACGGCGUCGAGAACGGCACCAAAUCGGUCGGACUUAAACACCACAUGGAUCAGAACUACCUGACGAUAUUGCAGCAGAGCGAAACUUUAGGAUUAGAGGUGAAGACGAAGGGCGGAGAUUGGGUAGCUCCACAGUGCUCUCUAGAUUCGUUCAUCGUCAUGACCGGACUGUCCUUCCGCGCGGUUACGAACGGGCGGCUUUAUGCGCCGCUCCAUGGAGUGAUGAUGAAAGGGGAGAAGACGAGGUAUUCGAUUACGCUGUUCUGUGCACCGCAGGCGCAGAGUGAAGUGAAGCCGGCGGAGGAGAUGGUGGACGAAGAGCAUCCAUUGCAGUACCGGCCGUUCGAGUAUGGAAAGUUCCGGCAGUAUUUUCUCACCGGCGGAGGCUUUGAUUCCGACGAUACUCUCAGGGACUUCGCUGGAAUUUGAACUGCUUGAAAAUUAAAUUAAUGUGUGAUGUUUGGGACAGCAAUAUAUAUAUAUAUAUGUGUGUGUUUUAUUUUA